AUUAUAUAACAGAAGCCCAGUUCAUGGCUCAAUUAGCUGCUAAUGAUGCCCGAAAUUGGGAUCACCUGCACCUUGACGUCCGAAAUGCCUUCCAUCAACUCUUCGAAUCAUAUAGUUUCGAGGAUGAAGAUUGGUUGGAGGACGAGCCCGCAACCGGCAUAGCCAAGACGAGAGUUAUAGAGGUAAUGACGGGCAUCGCACAACUUAGCCUCGUGGCCUGGAACGACGCCGAGAUUCGGAUCUUCUGCAACGAUGAUCGCUGGCGCCUCGUCAGUAGCCCACAGGAACUCGCCAGGCUUGCACCAAAUGGCCGAGCCCCGAGAGCGCUGCUCAGCGCAUUGGACAGCGGGCCCAUAUGGAUCGACGUCGAGACCGGGAUGCACAGGCCGAUGCCAUGGACGCCGAAGUGCCAUGACCCGGAACCAAACAGCAGGAUAGGCCCUUCUCCCUAUGGGAUAUACGAAUAUGUAGGGCAGCGCCGAACGCACUCUAUAAACCUAUCGUUUUGCAGCCAUCGUUGGCGACGAUGGCGUUUUCUUAGCGGGCCGCUUGCAUUCAGGGAUUAUGCGAUGGGAGAGCCCCAAGAGCGCCUGCCUCGCAGUGCUCUGGCGGAGUCCCUCAUGGACGAGGUACGGCGCAUGUUUUUGAGUCCGAUGCUGCUAGAAAUGCUGCUCCAGACGCCGCGUUUUGCUCUCCAAAAGAGAGCUUCUGGAUGGGCCGCGUGUCUAGCGCUUGACGGAGAACACUCACUCGGAAAUUCAGAUAACUAUGUAUUUUUUGCCCUUGCAAGCCUCUUAUAUACGCAGGGUAUUGUGCUUUAUGAACAGGAGGCAGACCUUGGGGCACUAACGACUAUUGGAGACCAAGAUUAAUUUCUCUGGUGAGAUCUACGGGAGCGUCAU